CAUAGCAAUACCAGCGACAAAUAUACUCAAGCAUCAUUCUUGUUACAUAACUCAUGAAACCAGGUGAGCGAUACUGGCCCUCUGGGCCUCUUGUUCUACCAGUUUCCUUGCCUUGAUGAAUUCAUACAUAAUGAUGUAAUAAACAGUCCAAACCCUUUGGUAUUUAUCGUCCUUGUCAAACUUAAUUAGUAUCUUGUGUAAAUAUCCUGCAUGAAUUAUUUUCCUUCAGAAAGUAGCCAAAUUUUGUACAUUUAUUUCAUACCAGGCUGAAAAUGAGAGUCAUUCCAUUUCAUCAGUUUUAAGUAUGUACAAUGUAUUCAGUCAUAUUUGUUUUACAGGAAUGCGGGGAAGACCAAAGGUUGUUAUAGAAGAAGACCAACUUAAAAUGCUUCAUAAUAUGAAUUAUACGGCUAAACAGAUGGCUCAGCACUUUGGAUGUUCUGCUAAAGUUGUUUACAAACGGUUGUAUGCUUGUGGUCUUCAUCAAAGGGAUAAAUAUUCCAAUAUAACAGACGAUGCUCUUGAUAGUGUUGUAGCUCAAACACAGACAUCCUUUCCAAAUGCAGGAUCAGUUAUGAUGAGUGGAAUAAUUCAGGCAAAAGGUACUCUAGUUCAAAGACAGCAUCUUCGCAAGAGCAUAGAAAGGGUGAAUCCCAUACCUGUGGCUCAACGUUUUGCAAGGACUGUGUCCAGACGACAUAACCAUGUCAAGAUGAGCAACUCCUUGUGGCAUGUUGACGGACAUAUGAAGUUGAUCAGAUGGGGAAUAUCAACACAUGGAGGCAUUGAUGGUUAUAGCCGUUUGAUUGUGUUUCUUAGUACAGACACCAACAACAAAGCAAAGACAGUAUUGAGGCAUUUUGUCAAGGCCUGUCAGAAGUGUGGUGUACCAUCAAGAGUAAGAUCUGAUGUUGGAGGUGAAAAUUUAAUGAUUGCUCUCUUCAUGAACCUGUUCAACGGAGCAAACAGAUACAGCCAUAUAACUGGUAGAUAUGUGCAUAACCAGCGCAUAGAAAGACUAUGGCGAGAUGUCUUUACUCAAGUGAUAGAAAAAUACUAUAACCAGUUUUAUAGCAUGGAAGACCAAGGAGAACUAGACAUAGACAACACCUUGCACCUGCUUGCUUUGAAGUUUGCCUUUGUGCCAGAUAUAAAUGGAACAAUCACAAGAUCACAACAGCCAACAAUCUGUCUCCUAAUCAACUUUGGUUGA